AAACGCGGAAGUGUACGUAAGGGAACCGUGUUCAGCAUUUCCUGGUGACGUUCAUGCUGCAGACGCAUACUGUGAUAGCAGUGUAAAUACAAGCCACCGUCUUUUGUUAUUAAACAACGGACACUCGACCAAACGAAGAUGUUUCAGGGCUGGGGGUCGUGGCUUGGUUUAGAGAAGUCCACGGGGACAAGCAAUGGGGAAAAUGACCGAGAUGAUGUCGUUGUGAAAGAAGAUACAACUGUAGAACAAGUAAACAAACAUAUAGCCGUAGAUGGAAAGACUGACGAAGAGAGAAAUGGAGAAUCUGAAGCAAAAGAAGAUGAUCCAACUCAGCAACUUAUUCAGCAGGCGAAAGGUCUCAGUGGUUACUUGUACAGCUUCGCCAGUAAUGCCACCAAGAAAAUAUCGGAGUCCGUAGUGGAGACAGCGCACACUAUAAAGAAAAGUGUGGAGGAAGGGAAUCUGGAUGGCAUCAUUGACAAGACAAUUUUGGGAGACUUUCAGAAAGAACAAGAAAAGUUUGUUCUAGAAAAGAACGCAAGGAAGACAGAUGCCGCAGUGCCUCCUUGGGUUGGCUACAACGAGGAGGAGACCAUACAGCAACAGAUCUUGGCUCUAUCGGCUGACCGGAGAAAUUUUCUGCGUGACCCACCUGCCGGGGUCCAGUUCCACUUUGACUUUGACCAGAUGUACCCCGUUGCCUUGGUGAUGCUGCAGGAGGACGAGCUACUGAACCGCAUGCGCUUUGACCUGGUCCCCAAACACGUAAAGGAGGACGUGUUCUGGAGGAAUUACUUCUACCGCGUUUCGCUGAUCAAGCAGUCAGCUCAGCUCACGGCCCUGGCUGCCCAGCAACAGGCUGCAGAGAAGAGGGAGGAGACCAGCCCCGGAAACGCAGAGAGCGCCAACCUCGCAGAAAACAUCAGACCAAAAACCCCUCCCACAGCCAUCAAAAGCCAGUCAAAGCCCAAUGAACACGAUGAAGAAGAAAUCUCCACCAGCCCCGGAGUGUCCGAGUUCGUGAGCGAUGCCUUCGACUCGUGCAGCAUCAAUAAGGAUGACCUUCGGAAGGAGAUGGAGCAGUUGGUGCUGGACAAAAAAGAGGGCGGGGCUCAUCCGGAGGAGGAACCAGCUGACUGGGAGAAGGAGCUGCAGCAAGAGCUCCAGGAGUACGAGGUGGUGGCCGACUCGGAGAACCGGGACGAGAACUGGGACAAGGAGAUCGAGGAGAUGCUGCAGGAGGAGAGUUAGCCUCAGCUGCAGGGGAGAAGCUCGGCCUUGUGGUUCGUAACGGGAGCGAUGUGAAGAAGCUGAUCUAAAGCCCCCUCACAGCUUGGGACCACCAAAGUAAUAAACUCUGUCAGUCAUGCAUUUAGGAGACAGCAGAACGUUUUCCAGAAUCCCGUGUGAGCAGAUGUGUUCUAUUUCAUUGGUGGGCUUUUCAUGAUGUGUUGGAAGUUAAACAUUGUAGUAACAUUACAAAUGUUUCAACAUGAGAUGCCUUUCAUUCUGAAACUGAUUCUGUCACUGUCCACAUGGAGUAUUUAUUUUGUAGGGAACAGUCCAGAAGUGCCAAUUUGCAACCUGGCUGUAAUAUUCUACAGCACUGUUGUUACAUUAUUUGACCCAAUGUUGCAAAUUGCUGUGAUUUUUUUUUUUUUGGAGUGCUUUCUUAUACUGAUGGAGAACACACCUUGCACACACCUUGCACACACCUUGCACACACCUUGCACACACCUUGCACACAUCUUGCACACACCUUGCACACACCUUGCACACAUCUUGCAUGUUUUAUUUUACUCUUUGAUGUGGGAGAUGUUUUUGCAUAUUUUUUGUUCUCAUUCCUACUCUGUGUUAAGUUUCCAUUCCCAGCACUCCCACAAGACGUACUGAAAGGCACCAGUAGUGACUUGCAGGGCACCUAAUCAUAGUCACGCCCAAUGGUAAUAGAUCAAGAACAUGAAUUUCUAAGCAACUUGGAUGCGUAACAACCAGCUUUCUCACCAGCAGAAUUUGUCUCUUUUUAAAAUUCAUGUUUCUUAUCUGGUGGGAAGUUUUGGUAAUUAUUUUGAUGUUGAUUGUUAAUUAAAUCUGUAAAUGAAUAGUUCUUGGAAAUGGACUUUGACUCUUUUAGAAAUAUUAUUAGUACUUGACAAUGUAUCCUAUAAAAAAUUUCUAAGCUUUUGAUUUUUCUUAUUCAUAACGAUGGAAUAUCUUAUUUCUGUGCUGCUAAGUAAAUAUAGCUUGUCCUGUUCUUGUAUUAAUAUUUACUUUAAUAAAUACUUUGACACGGCGGGGCUGAAAUAA